AUGGUGUUGGAUGUUAUCGAAAGGUUUCUCAAAGACCUUAAUGUUCGUGAUUUACUUUCAGCACUUCUAGUCAAUCGAGAAUGGUGUCAAGCAGCCGUUCCAUUAUAUUGGAAAGCUCCAUUCAGUUAUACAAAGAAAAGAAGUAGGCAAGCACUAAAAAUUUAUGAAUCGUUUCUUGAACAAGAAAACGGAUCUGCAGUUUAUAAAAAUCAACCACUUUACGACUAUCCCAUUUUUCUCAAGGAACUCAAUUAUACAAACUUACUUUUCUGCAAAGGAUUUUAUGAAGGUGCCAGAAAUGUUGAAGCAUUACUUCAAAUGGUAACAAAUCGUGAAGUUCGUCUGAAUACAUUUAUUAUGGAAAAUACCGGUACAAAUAUCGAAAGUAUUUAUGGAUUUUGGACAAAUUCAUGCUAUGCACCAAUAUUCAGUACACUCGUUCACGUCGAAAUACACGCACCUUUUCCCAAAUACAAUGUCAUAAAGGCAUUAAUGAAUAAUUGCACAAGACUGUCUCAUAUUGAUAUAAAUCUUCAUGACAAUUCUGUUGAACGUGCCGAAAAGUCGCUCGAUUUUCUUGAAGAACUCAUCACCGCCCAGACAUGCCGUUUAAAUCUUCGGUUAGUAUUUCCAAACGGGUCUGGGAAAAUGCCAGUCGAAAAAUUAUGUUCAGGGCUUGAAACCUUCAAACGUCUUGAACUCGUAAAAUGGAACUUUGAUGGAUGUGAUUGGGGUUGGUUGGAAAAUUGCCCUAAUUUGACCGAAUUUGCAAUUACAAACCCAAUUCCAACUCAGGUUACUAGCAUUUUUGGCUCUAAUUUUGACAAUUAUCGUUUACAAAUGUCGAAAAAUAAAAAGGUCGUAACUGCACAUUAG